AUGAGGACCAGAACCACGGAGCUGAAGAUGACAGUCCUGGCGUUGACAUGUCUGCAGAGUAUCGUUGACGACCACAGCCAAACUCAGAGCAGCCAACAAGACGACCAACAAUCAGUGAACCACAGCUCUUCACCAGAGGGAAAUGACUCACUCGGCGUAAACGAAGCCAUCAGCAGACAUGAACUAAGCAGAAAGCUGAGAGAGGAGCCCAGGCUUCCCGCCGGCCACCGAGGCCACCCACAGCUUCACCUGCAGCUCCAGAAGUUCACUUUGUCUGCAGACAAGACUUUGUCCUGGCUGAAAGACAACGUUUCCGUGGCAACACAGGUGUGUUCGAUAGCGAGCUCCGAGGGACUGGAGGCUGCCAGAAGGUUUCAACAGGCCCUCGAACAAGAAAUCCUCAACAACAGAGCCAGGAUAGAGGUGGUCAAAAGGGAGGGUCACGGGCUGGUCCGUGCACAGCACCCAGGCAGCGCGAGGAUUGAGGAGUUCCUCAGCCAGCUGGAAGUCCUGUGGGAAGAACUGAGGAGGAGGCACCAGAGGAAUGCUGUGUUUCUGCAGGCCUCCGAGAAGCUGGGCUUCAGAGUGGUGAAAGUGCUCCAAGCCCUCGGCAGCCUGGAGGCCUGGCUGGAGUCCGUGGAGCUUUCCAUGAAGGCGUCCGCCAUCGCCGGCGACCCCGAAACCAUGAGCCGGGCCGAGAGGGAGAGCUGCCUGCUGGAGAAAGAGGUGGCAGCUCGCAGCGUGGAGCUCAGCGCUCUGAGGCAGGAGGUGGAUCGCCUUCACGGCCACAGUCACCCCCACACACGGGGAUUGGCAGCGCGCAUGGAGGAGUUGGAGAGAAAGUAUCACUGUGUGCUCAGUGCCCUGACCCUACAGAGCUCAAAGCUGCAGGACACACGCAUGCUGACUGAGUUUCUGGAGCAUUUGGAGCUGGACGAGAGCCAGGACCUCAUCGGAGGACAAUAUAAUCUCAAUCAGCCUCUACAUAGUGGCAUUUCCUCAGUCCCUAAGUUACUUGGGCUCCAAAGCAGCGGUGUUGGAGACAAUCAGAUAGAAACUAUGGGCGACCCUGUGGAAGAGCUGCGGGAGGCCGUAGAGAUGCUGAACGACACUGUGAGGGAAAGAGGUCGAUCACAAAGCCACGAUCACGACAUCCAGGAACUGCUCAGCAAGCAUGCCAGCCUUGCGGUGCGCGUGGAGGAGUGUUUGUGCAGCAGCAAGGAGCUGAGCCUGGAGAUCCUGGAGAAGGAGACGGACAUGGCCGUGCAGUGCGAGCCGGACCGCUGCGGCUUCGGGCCGCUCCGGGACAGGCUGGGGCACCUGGAGAUUGACUAUGAAAUCAUGAAGGAGGAUGUAAAGAAGAUGGAGAACCAGGCUUUGCGUCUGAAGGAGCUGUGUCCGGAGAAAGCGUACACAUUCGAGGUGAAGACCCAGUCCACGCUGCAGGCCUGGAGCGAACUGGGGAAGAGCGUGAUGGACAACAGAUCACGUCUGCAGGAGUUUGUGGAACUCCAGGGCUUCUUCAGGAGCUACCUCGCCAUGAUCUCAUGGACCGAAGACACUAGGUCAUGCAUUUUCUCAGACACUGCCCUGCACCUCAAGAGAGAAGGACAGCGACCACUGGCGGCAGAGCUGGACAUCCAAAUCGAGCAAAAGUUUAACGAGUUUGACGAGCUGGCAGCCAAAGCAAAGACUCUUUUAAACAAAGAACACCACCUCACACAGAUGGUGAAGGAACGCAUGGAGGAACUGAGGAGCAUGCUUGGGUGGAUCUCAGUGCACUGGAGAGCUCAGAAACAACAGUGGCUUCACAAACAGAACAGAGAGGAACCCUCACAUGAUAACAUUUACUCUGAGGCAACAAUGUGGAACUCAUUUAAAGAGAGUUUGGUUGCUGACCCUGAAAUCUUCCAACAAUCACAUGCCAUCAGGACCUCUGAGGACACAACAAAUGCAGCUGAACGUAACGAAGAAAGCGAAGGGAAAAUGUCAGAAGAUGGGUAUGAAAUCAUGAACAGGAUCGGCCAACGAGGCGAUUCUCCCAAAGCAAACAUUACAUUGGUGAAGGAGAGCAGCAGCCCACCUGUUGGGGGCGCUGUAAACCUCAUCCUUAGCUUUGAGAACAAUGAGGACAGCCAAGUGCAGGUGCUCGACCUCCCUGCUGGGACAGAUGAGAUGUUGAAGGAGACCUCUGAGCCUAUUCACAGGCCCGCUGUGCCUCAGUCUUCUGCCUGUAAAAAGUUUUGGAGGCGUUGCCAGGGGAUUUUGGAAAAUACUUUCGGUAGUUUAAAGCGAAAGAAAAAGAUUUAUCGGCAGAGCGCAGAUGAGGUAAUUUGCGCAGUGUGAACUGGGAUUGCAUGCACUGUCUCCAAGUGUGCCGAGACUGCAUGCAGUGUGCAGCUGUUUCCUGAGGGUAGCAUGCUUUUUUCCUAACUUGCUAGAAGAUACAAAAUGUUCAACAACCCAGUGGUUUUGGCUCCUCUGCAAGGCAAAUAUAAAACCGAAGACAACAAG